AUGGCGGGGUCCCCCUUUGUCGGUGACCACGACCCUGGGUGGACGCGAGGCGGCAGUGGUCACAGUUGCUCUCCGGCCUUCGCUAUACUGCCCAAGGACGACAACAAGAAGAAAGAUGCCGGAAAGUCGGCCAAGAAAGACAAAGAUCCAGUGAACAAAUCUGGGGGCAAGGCCAAAAAGAAGAAGUGGUCCAAAGGCAAAGUUCGGGACAAGCUCAAUAACCUAGUCUUGUUUGACAAAGUAACAUAUGACAAACUCUGUAAAGAAGUUCCCAACUAUAAGCUUAUAACUCCAGCUGUCGUCUCUGAGAGACUGAAGAUUCGUGGUUCCCUGGCCAGAGCAGCCCGUCAGGAACUCCUUAGUAAAGGACUUAUUAAACUGGUUUCAAAGCACAGAGCUCAAGUGAUUUACACCAGAAACACCAAGGGUGGAGAUGCCCCAGCUGCUGGUGAAGAUGCAUGAACAGGUCCCACCAGCUGUACAUUUUAAAAAAUAAAACUUUAUUAAAUAAAAAAA